AUUAUUGUAUUCUUUGAUGAUUACUGUGUAUUUCCUGUUUUGCUAAGUAAAGUUUUGUAGCCACAAAAAUAGAUAAGUGCAGAUAAGUGUCAAGAUAUCAUAUUUGAAUCACAUUCACGUUGUACAUACGAAUGACAAUGAAUACAUACAUAUACCGGCGACAUGUGCGACAAGGAAACUAAGUAACCUUUGAUAGCCGGUGUGCAUCAGCGAAAUCUACUAUAUUAAUUUGUUAGAUAAGUAAUAUUUUAAUCAAGGAAUUUAUUAGCGAUUAAUCAUGAAUGAAGUGACUUUUCCACCCUCACCAAAUUGGUAUCUCAGUAGUAUUUUGGCCUGUUCUAAUAAUGGCACAGUUGCAUGGGGAUCAAGAAACGCUAUUGUUAUAGCAAAGGCUAGUCAGGAUGGAAAGAUUUUUAAGUACAAUAUCAUUCCAAAUGCUCAUCUGGACAGAGUUACAUCUGUAGCAUUUUCGCCAAAAUUUGGAGAACCUGACAACAAUUUCUUAGUAUCUGGUGGUGACGAGUAUAUUGCCAGGAUAUGGAAUUUGGAUACAUGUAACGCUCAUAUGGCAUAUAGUUAUCCAGACAAUAAACAGAAGAUUAUAGGAGUACAGUGGUCAGUAUCUGAUCCAACGAUGAUAUGCUGUAUUACCACAGAAGGCUCAUUGAUACUUUGGUACAUUACUCAUGGAGGUUCAAAGAAAAUUUCCUUAGGGAAAUUGACAGCAACUUGUCUUUCUUGCUGCCCGCAUAAUUCUAAUAUUGUAGCUGUGGGUACUAAGAUUGGUCUAGUGUACAUCAUAGACAUACGUGGUUCAGGCACUAUAAUGUAUAAGCUUAGAGGGCACGAUGUAGAAAUAGCAAGCCUGUCCUGGUGUCCAACAGAUAUAAAUAUAUUUAAUACAGGAGCAAAGGAUUUACUUCUGGCUUCUGGUGCAAAGGAUCGAUCCAUAUUUAUCUGGAAAGCUGGAAGCGAUGGGCGAUAUGAAACAGAAAUCAUCCUUCCUACUGGACCAAUGGAUUCACAACGUCACAGAAGUAAAUUAGGUACAGCAUCCGGUGGCUGGACCACUGUAUGUUGGGUCGAUCCCAACCGCCUCCUUAGUAGUUCUUCUUGGGGAGAACUCAUCUCCUGGAAGUUAUCUGCGGCAACAAAAAAAAAACCAACCUGUGAGUUGAUUCACGCCUCUCAUGCAAGAGGACUAUUUUGCAUCGCUCACAUUCCAAGUGUCAAAAGUAGCGAAGAUGAAUCUUGGAGAUCAGAAAAUAGUGUUACUGUAUGGACUCUAGCUCAAGAUCGACAAGUCGUAUGCUGCAAAAUCACUGGAAGUAAAUUCGAAGUGGUGUACAGUGUACCUACUCAGGGUGGCUAUGUAUAUUGUAUCGCUGCCUGCCCUUUGGAUACUUCCAGGAUUGCGUUUGGUGCCGGAGACGCUAUGUUACGUUUAUGGAACCUAAGUGAACCCCAUGAAAAUUUCUUUGACGUUACUCAACUCUGGCAAAAGAUCAAAGGAAAAGUUCGUUGCAUAUCCUGGCAUCCUGAGAAAGAGAAUUGGUUGGCAUUUGCCACUGGGGAAGGUCGUGUUGGAGUGUUUGAUACAAAUUCUUCCAAACCUCCAGUACUUUACAGACAGUAUCAUAGACACACUGUUUACACCCUGGGCUGGGGACCUGCACCAAAGAGUGAACAUUUUGUCUUAUACUCCUGCGGAGACACAGAAUUAGUUUACUAUGAUCCAGAAAAGCCUAACAAGGAUCCUGUGUGUGUCAGGAAAAAGGAAUGUACUGAAUUCUCAUGGAAACCAGACUAUUCCUGCUUGGCUAUAGGAUUCGAGGAUGGGUCUCUCACGUUCCUUAACCGUGAUCUUGUAGAGUACGGAAGAUCAACCUACUUCUUGAAGAAGGCUAUCCAGUGUGUGGCAUGGCAUCCGGGGAGUACAGCCACAGACUUCAACUUCUCACCCUUACAGCAUUACCUUGCAGUUGCUGUAAACUCACCGACUAUUACCAUAUUCGAUGUCCAGGAUCUUGCUAUAGAAUCAUCCACGAAUAAUACCGCGGAAAGAGUACCAAAGCUUGUAGCAGUUUUAAAUGGUCAUACCGCUAAAGUAGUCAGUCUUGCUUGGAGUCCACAUAUCAGUGGGUAUCUCGUAUCUGGCAGCUAUGACAAUACAGCUCAAGUAUGGAAAGUAGAAAGUCAGGAAUUGCUAGGAACUUACACAGGACAUACAAAUCCUGUACAUUGUUGUAUGUGGAGCCCACUUGAUCCUGACCUGAUAAUAACGGGCUCUGCUGACUUUACAUUACGUAUAUGGCGACUUUCUGAACAGCCGGUGAUCCAGGCUGUCGAGAAGACUGCGCAAAAGAAAGUACGUACAAAGAAGUCAAAGCACAAGACUAAUACGUCACAAAAAGAGCACAGUACUGAUAUUAUGGAUACCAGUGUUCAAAGUGACACCCUGGAUAAUAGUACAGUAAAUGGUAUGGAGACGAUUAAGAAUAUAAAAGAUCAGCAAAUCCUGACAGAAGUAAAAUCUAUCAAUACGGUUGAAACAAAAAAGAGAAAGUCAAAAUCGUAUACGUACUUCACAAGUACUACAAAAUUAUUGAACAAUAAGAGUACCCUGAGUUCUAUAAGAGACCUUGCAAAGUAUGUUCAUGCAAGUGAGAAGGAUGGCAAAUCUACCAUGGAAGUUUGUUUAGAGGAAACUAAUAAAUUUCCAUCAUUCUUCGGUGGCGAUGAUGAUCUUACCAACAUAUUGGAGAAGGAGAAAUCGGUACAUGCAUCGCAGGGACAGCACAAUAUGGUUACAGAAAUGGACAUUUGGACCAAUAAUCUUAAGCACAAUUUGCAGGAGGCUGUGAAAGAAAAACGCUUGAAUGAUUAUCUCGUAUCUCUGGCACCAUGUUUGUCUAUGAAAACUUGGCAAGAUAUGUGCGAAGCUUAUGCAUCACAGCUCAUCUUCGAGAACAAUCCUAACAAGGCUGUAUCAUAUCUCUUGUGUACUCAUAAGAUUCAUCGUGCUAUCGAAGUGUUUAAGGAUUCAAAGAUGUUCAGGGAGGCAUAUGUUCUUGCUAGAUGUAAACUAAGUCCUGAAGAUCCUCUUCUGGUAAAAUUACUCGAAGAAUGGGCUGAGAAUACCGUAAAGGAGGGCUACUUCGAGGAAGCUGUACGAUGUUACAUUAAGCUUGGCGAUUUCUCCAAAGCUGCCAAGUAUCUUGGACGACGUAAGGAUUUGGCUAGUUUACAAGUGGCUGCUGAGCUUGCACUUUUAGCGGGUGAUCAGAUAUUUAGUGACUCCUUGGCAGAAGAAUCUGUCACUGAAGCUCUUUUAAACUCGGACUGUGCUACUGCUCGUGGGAUACUUGAACAAUUUUCGGGAAUCAAAUAUCGAGAGGUUCAAAUAGAUGCAUUUGAGGAGGUAGCGAAGGUUCUACGGAGUGGAAAUGAAUUGAAUAAGGUGGAGGACUGGCUUAAUGGCAAGGUUCAGUAUGACCUUUUACUUCAUUUAAGCAACAGGUAUUCUACUUCGAGUGAUAAUUAUGAAAACUUAGCUAGAAUUGUUUCCAAAACAGUUCCGGAAAACGAAGCACAAUUACGAGUUAAUAUCAGUCAUGAAAUUUCAUUGGCUAUUACUUCAAAUUCCAUGGAAAAUAAACUCAGGCAUUUGGUAACUGCUUUGAGUAUAAUUUCUCAAUUCGAGAUAACGCAUCCUUCAAAGAAUUUAGAGAAUUAUGAAAGCCUUCUUAUGAAAAUGCUUGCACAUUUGGAAUCUAAAAGUCCUACGAAUACAGACAGUAUAUUUACUAUAACUGUACACACAGUAACCAAGAGCUUAAGAGCUUAUUUGUGUCUUGGACUGUUAAACUGGUUGGUUAACAUUCAUAAUAAGACUCCUAUGGAUGAGAUUGAUGAAUCAUCGAUUACUUUGAUUGAAAAUCUUCUUGUGGAUGUACUUGAUCAAAGAACAGUAAAGUUUUGGACCAUGACCAAUGAAAUCAAUAAGCUUGAGGCUUUGCUUACUUCUAAUAUGGGUAAGUCAUUGACUAAUGGCACUGAGAAUACACAGGAAAGCACAACAGUUCUUAUGGAAAGACUCGAGAGUAUUAGAGCGGAACGUAAGAGUUUUCUCGAGGAAAGAAUUGCAGCACCAAGUCCUAUACUGGCAUAUAGCAAAGCAAUGGAAUUGGCAAGCAAGUUACAAGACAUCAAUACUAAAGAGAGAUUUGAUCGAGUUUUGUCCGAUACCUGGAAAGAGGCUACUUCUUAGAUUUGAUCUAUUCUAUUUUUUUUUUUGGUUUCAUGAAUAAGAAAAUACUGAGAAUAUAGGUUUUAAUUUUUUUUA